AUGCCUUGUAAUUUCGUUUCACCGUCUACGCCUCUCAGACGCCGCCUUGAUCUGUUUCUGCGACUUUCUCCACCUCCGAGUCGAGGCUGUCCUCACUUCAGGAACCUUAACGAUACUUUCGUUCCCAUGAUCUUCAUCAUAUUUGAUAAUUACGCAUAUGAACUUGGAGUCAAAACUGUGCUCGCAGGCAUCCUCGCCUUACUACUCGGUCUCCUUGGCUUUGUUAUCAGCGUAUUUACCCUCGGAGUAGUUUGGAUCGUCCCUGCGAUGGGGACGCAGGCACCUCCCUACCGAGAACCGAUCCAUCGUAGCCCGAAGAAGCUCCGUGGUCUUAUAUUGACUGCCUCCCCAGAAUCUAUGCUUCAGACCCUCCCGCCGAUCCCUCCCGCGUCCAAGACUCCUUCCCUUCGGCGAGCAGCAUCGUUUCCUGACCUCCAUAAAACGCCUUCUCCCGAGCGACAACCCCUCAUGACAUCGAGGCAUGUUUCUUUCAAUAUCGGAGCUCCAGAAUCUCACAAUCCAAGUUUGGCGAGGUCCGUCAGCAUGAACCCAUCCUCUAUGCCGCCGGCAAUUCAGCGUCGUUGGCCACCUGCAAUGUCUUCAUUCUCCAGGCGUCGGUCAACACAAGAGGAAUCUCCUCCAUCCUUACCCACCGUACGAGACGAAAGUAAUACCACCGCGUGCAAUCACAGAUCGUCGCCCACCUCAAAGAGUACCUGUGUGCAUGACCUUCGACUCGAUUGUUCUGAUGAGCGUGAUGAAUGCUGUCGUGGUGGUCGUCGAAAUAGUUUGGCCUGUGAUGAAGAUGGCAGGAUGAACCUACCUCGAGGGGACUCUUUUUCCGAAGGAACAACUUCUACGCGCUCAUCCCGAGCCAUAUCUUUACGAUUGCCAUCUGUUCGGAAAGCUUUGAGUAGAAAACGUCGUCCAACAAGCGUUCCACCGCAUACGCCUGCUAUGGUCAACAUCAACGCGAAGGAGCAGUCUCAACAGCAAAACCCUACAGCCGUGUACCCCGUGAGGACAUCGUCGCCUCCUCUCUCCCCCACGUCCGGUGAAAUGUAUCAUGCAGAAUACGUGAAUCCUUUCCGGACGAAGAAAUCAAAGGUCACCCCCAAAUUUGAGGGUUCGAAAUCCAGUCGCAGGUCGAGGUUUUCAUUGUCUGGUCCAUGGUCAAGUACUAAACCUGCGGGUUUGUCGCCUGACUUGGCAUCUUCCUCAACAUCGCCAACUUCCAUUUUUUCGAACUCGCCAUCUGCACUUCGUAAGACAUUCACGAGCCACUUCACUCCUUUCUUCAAGUCCCCCGCUAUCAAUUCUCCUUCAAGCUUUGAGUCUCUCUCUCCCAUGCCCUCACCGCAGCUACAGCCAUAUGGUCCUCCUUGGAAUGCUGUGAUGCCAGGGCAAUAUCACGAUCUGGUGAAUGGCAGCCUAGAUGACGUUCUUAUCAAGGGACCACGUCACGGACACAAAGAGGCUGAGGACCGUCGGGGGUUCAAGUUGCACUCUCAUACCCUUACGCCGAUAGACUCAUCUGAGAGCGAAUAUUCGCCCGACAAGCUUGUGGAUGAGCUAGUUCAGCCUCCGUCGGAAUUGACGCACUCUCAGGAUGCCAUUACAGGUGCCACUGCCGAAGUAGCUCAGAUAACACCUCUGAGGCUUUGA